AUGUUGUUGCCACGCCGAAAAUUGGAUUACGCAUCGAUGGCGUUCCUCUGCCUGCCAUUGCUGUUAUUGCUUUCCCUGCCUACGGUGUCCGGUUUUGUCUCGUGUUCGCCAAGCCCCUGCAAAAACGGAGGAGUGUGCGUGUCAUCGCCGCGCGGCGAGUCGCAUUGCAAUUGUACAUCAAAAUACGUGGGAGAGUACUGUCAACAUCUGAAUCCGUGCCACACAGGACCCCGUUGCCAGAACGGUGGUUCCUGCAGGGUGAAAGAGAGCACCGGCGGCGGCACCCCGUCUUUCACCUGUUCCUGCCCCGUUGGAUUCACCGCGAGUUUGUGUGAAAUCCCAAUCGAGAACGCAUGCGACUCGUCACCUUGUUAUAACGGCGCCACAUGCAAUCUGAAAUCGCUCCGUGAAUACGUUUGCACCUGUGCCACUGGAUACACAGGGAAUCACUGCGAACGACAAGACCACUGCGCCUCGUCGCCGUGUCGAAACGGGGCCGAGUGUCGGUCGCUCGAGGACAGCUACAAGUGCACAUGUGCGCCAGGCUUCACGGGGCCGAAUUGCGCUGAGGACAUCGACGAAUGCGACAGGGACCCGUGCAUACACGGCUCCUGCAAGAACAUUCACGGAUCUUACAAAUGCAUGUGCGCGAGCGGAUACACUGGCCAGAAUUGCGAGAACGAGUAUAUUCCCUGCGCCCCAUCGCCAUGUAAAAAUGGAGGCACGUGUCGCCAGAUCAGCGACUUGGAUUACGAGUGCAAGUGUCCCGAAGGUUUUCGUGGCGAACAUUGCGAAGAGAAUAUCGACGACUGUCCCGGAAAUCUUUGCCAAAACGGCGCGACCUGCGUGGACAGGGUGAACGAGUAUUCUUGUCUCUGUCCACCGUCGUAUACGGGCACGCAGUGCGAGCUGGACGUCGACGAGUGCUCAGUUCGGCCGUCGUUGUGUCACAAUGGUGCAACAUGUACGAAUUCACCCGGAAGUUACUCUUGCAUCUGCGUGAACGGUUGGACCGGGCCGGACUGUAGCGUGAACAUCGAUGAUUGCGCCGGUGCAGCCUGCUUCAACGGCGCGACCUGCAUCGAUCGUGUUGGCAGCUUUUACUGUCAGUGCACCUACGGAAAGACUGGAUUGCUCUGCCAUCUAGACGACGCGUGCACUUCGAACCCGUGUCACGAGGGCGCGAUCUGCGACACCAGCCCCAUCAACGGAUCGUUUACUUGCUCUUGCGCGACUGGUUACAAAGGGGUGGACUGCUCUGAGGACAUCGACGAGUGCGAGCAGGGAUCCCCUUGCGAACACGACGGGAUCUGCGUGAACACGCCCGGCUCGUUCGCCUGCAACUGCACGCAAGGAUUCACAGGGCCGAGAUGCGAAACGAACGUGAACGAGUGCGAGUCCCAUCCCUGUCAGAACGAUGGUUCCUGCCUGGACGAUCCCGGGACAUUCCGAUGUGUCUGCAUGCCUGGUAAGUGCACACACGUUCAGUUUCAUUUUCCUAUGCGCGUUUUGCUGCCCCCUGCUCUCUACACUGCGCAAGAAAGCUUCGGAAAAAAAAAAAAAAAAAAAAACUGA